CGAAAGCUCCUUACCGCGUCAUAAACCUAGAUCCACAGCUGCCUUUUAAGUAAUGCACGUUAGAAUGACAUUUAGUACAGUUCUUUUCAAAUAUCUUGCCGGCCCUACAUUAUCGGAGAACUGGGUAGUACCUUACCCACACAUCCAAAUACGCCCAUUACAUCUAAAAGUUACUAAUUAGCCCUUCCGUUCUUUUUUCAUCAUUUUUUUUCUACGAAUAUUUUGACAGUAGAAACCCACGGGCAGUCCGUCAAGAUUGUUUACUUUUUCUUAUCAAAUUUACGCAAGUAUUCUAUUCAUUGAACUUGUGACUCUAAAGCAGGGGUUCUUAAACUGUUAUUCUUGAUAAAAGAUACUACUAUGUAAAAUCUAAAAGUCAUUAAAAAUCGUUUAACUUCAGCCCAUACUGGGAUAUUUCAUAACUUUCAUACUAAGAUGAAUCAGAACGAAUACUAUCUUGCGAACUUUUCGUUAGUGCGAAGUGUAGUAGUGAAGUACCUAGUGGUCCAAAAAUCAUAGAAGAUAAUUGUAUUGUUUUUAGCAAGGCGAACUGGCGUACCGCCGGCGACCAAUGGCUUACUGGCAGGUAAAUUGAAACACAUUUAGGGAACAUACUUUUGUUUCUUUCAGUCAACGAACCACUAGUUGAGAACCUGUGUUCUAGAGAUUAAUAGUGAUACAAAUUUAAAGCGUAAAUGUUAGUGUUUGCAACAUGGAGACGAUCACAAUCCUCGCUUUACUCUUCAUUCUAUUUUGUGCACGUGCUCAUGCGCAGUCGUUACAACAUUGCCAGGACAGAGCCUUGAGAUGUCAAGAUGGGGUCUGCGUUGACUUUCAGUUCUCGUGCGACACAGAGACCGAUUGUUUUCGUUUUGGUAACAAACGUGUCCGAGAUAGUAAUGGUCAGUUGGGCUGCGAUGUGAACGAGUUCGAAUGCCCGAACAAGCGCUGCGUGCCGCUGAGUUGGGUAUGCGACGCGGAGGAGGACUGCGAAGAUGGCUCCGACGAGCGUGACUGUAUGACCCUCGACAGCAUCCCCAUCACUUGCCCCGCUAAACUGCUGCGGCCCUACUUAAAAACAUUCAAAAAACAUAACAUUCAAAAUGUUUCUAUAACUUGUACAUCUUGUAUCUCCUCAGGCCAACAAAAUACAGCGUUGAAGCUAAAGAUAUAUCCGGAACUCUCUACAGUUUACGUCCGCGUUGGUUAUACUUUAGUAUUGCAAUGCCGGGAUGAGGGCAUUAUGCGUGUGCCUGUGCUCUGGAGAAGGAAAGGCAAGGGACUGUUUUCAACCAGAACCGCAAUGACGAGAGGGGGACGUUUGGAAAUCCAAGAGGCAGAUAUAACGGAUAGUGGGACCUACGUCUGUCAAUCACAUAGUAGGCAUUUACUCGUACGCCAACCCGAUACAGAAGUAACAAUCUCUGUUGUAGUUACAAACGAUACUGUAGUUACAAAUCAAGAUAUAUUUAAAGAAGUUGAGCAACCAAAAUGUUACACGGACAAGUUCCAAUGCCAUUCGGAUAAGCGGUGUUUGCCGUUGGCAUGGACCUGCGAUGGCGAAGAAGACUGCUCAGAUGGUUCCGACGAACGAAAUUGCUUCACUGUAAACUCCAAAUAGUUAAUUAAUUAUAAUGUAUCCCAUAGCCUGUUACAAAUAAAAGCUACAAAUUAUUCGUACCGCUUAUUUUACGCUGAAAUAUUAAAAAAUAAUUACUUGCCCGAACUUUGCUAGAACUUAGUGUUAUAAAUGUCACCUUGCACUUUGCUUUUGCCCUGCAUCCAGUGUUUUGAUCAAAAUAAUUCAAUAAAUCUAUUCUAGCAAGCAGCGGUUUGAUAUCUGCUGGCAAGAAUUUUCUUUUGAGUAUUUUUAAAGUGGGCGACAACGCUCCCUUGUUGGCGCUGGAGUCCUAAAGAAUACCCUGGAGGCGGAGAGAGCCCAAAAAAAA